AUGCAGAGUGAGUCUGCAUUUCCAAUUCAACAUUUUAAAUUCAUAAAAGCAUCAAAUGCUCAUGUUCUGCACGACACUUCCACGCUACAGCAAAAGAUGCAAAGGGCACCGCUUUUGUUAUCUGUUCUAUUCAAAUUAACAAAUUGCUUUUCGAUGAAGGUAGGUAGGUUGCAGUCAGUAGCGGUGACAGGUGUACUGGAAUGUAAUGGAGCACCAGCCGAAAAUGUAAAGAUCAUGCUUUACGACAAGGGUAUCUUAUCCAACUCGAAACUGGACGAAGGAAGCACAGAAAGUUCUGGUAGAUUCUAUCUUUCUUGGAGCAAACGAGAAGUUACCAAGAUUGAUCCCGAGAUCAGCAUCUACCACAAUUGCAAUCACAAUAAACAAUGCUACAAAAGGAUUAGAAUCGGUAUUCCAAAGAAAUUUAUCAGUAUCGGUAGCAUCCCUUUCUAUACUUUCGAUAUUGAGAAGCUCGAUCUUGCUGUCGGAACUUCUGGUGAAACUACGAGAUGCUGA